AUGGACCGUCACUGCGACGAGCCACUGCAGGCCGGAGUGCACGCCAUCCAGGCCGCGGCGCCGCAGCCGUGGAACAUUUUCAACUUUUACGCAGCGCCCUCCAAAAAUGACCCUUGGAUCCCCUCUGGGGUUAUCCAGGCACCGCUCUCCAACGACCAAGCCGGUCCACCAGCGUACACACCGGGGCACUUUGUGCAGAACCCGACCGUCGUCGACUACAGAACCAAAGACUCGCCCUCCGAAUGCGCCACCCUGCCUGGCGACUCUGGCUACGGAAGCAGCCACCAUGCGUUUAGCGUUGCGAGCCGAUCCGUCCAUGGAGAAGAAGCCGGUCUCGACAGCUGCAUAGGUCAAGCUCCGGCGAACUGUCCGAUGAAUACGGCUCUGGAUUCGCUGUCGCCACCGCAAUUCGCCCGCUCGGCCACCAAUAUCAGCUGCCCAGAUCCCUACUGCAAGACUGUGCUGAGGAGCCAAGGCCAACUCAAGUGCGUCCUGGCCGCAUUUUCGUGCCGCGCAAAUUUCCAAGAUAAGCCGCUGAUGUCCCGCAGGAAGCACAUGCAGCGUCAUUUGAGGAUCCACAAGUGUCCCUACCCCAACUGUGCCAAGAGUCACCAUGGCUUCAGCACCGCCAAUGAUCUCGUUCGUCACAAGAGAUCCGUUCAUGCUGAACAAGGGCUUCCUGGACGCUCAUUCGUAUGCCCUCAUUGCAUGCCCGAGUUUGCCGGGCCCAAAGUAUGGCCGCGGGCGGAUAAUUUUCGUUCCCAUCUCCUGCGGGCCCACAGGAUCAAGCUCGAUGCUGACGAUGAUCACCAACGGUUUCUGUACGAGCCACCCGCAAGUGAGAGCGAAGCCAAGGACGUCGGCGAGGAAGCCGUUUCCGAAGCCCAGGCACAGCCGAUGCCACCGCCCGACCCUAUCUUGUCGAAUCGAACCUCGACCAUAGGCCUGCAGGAGCAGGACAUUCAGCUGCUGCCAGGCCAGGAUCCGUAUCAAGCCCAGAUAGGCAUCGACCCGGCUCUUUUUCAGGAUCCUCCCGCCGGAGCUGAACAUGAAGAUGACGGGUUCAUGCAUCCCAUGGCCUUUUCGCCAAUGACGCGGCCGUUGGAAGCCUACAGUUCCGAUCAUCGGGAGCUCCGCAACGACUACGUCGCCUCAAAAGCCGAGGGCGAACCGGUCGAAGAGUCGGCGCUGAGUCUGAACCAAGAUAAUUGGCAACUGGGCAAGUCGGGCUUCGGGGAGUCCACAACAGUGGAACUCGACACUUUGAGAACCGCGGAGGUUCGUCCGCAGCAGAUAUGGAGCCGAGCGGAUGGCAGUGCCCUGAUGGACAUGGUCAAGAUUAACGGUGACCCGUGUGUGGGCUCAAACCCCCAAGUGAUCGUCAAGUACUUGAAGCUUUUCCCCAAGGAGUUUCUUCAAACCGCACUUCAGGGAGACGUGCAAGAAUCGGAGAAUGCAUGCCAACCGGACGAGGAUCCGGUUCCGAGGAGCCGAAUAGGGUGCAUGGACUGUCCGAAGACGUUCAGUCGACAAUGCGAGCUGAAAAAGCACAUGAAGAGACACAUGAAGCCAUACGGUUGCACGUUCAAACGAUGCUUCAAGAGGUUUGGCAGCAAGAACGACUGGAAGCGGCACGAAAGCAGCCAGCACUACCAACUCGAAACGUGGAACUGCGAUGUUCGCGAUUGCAGCAAAUCGUGCCAGCGACGAGACAAUUUCAAAAUUCACCUGCAGCAGGAGCAUGGUCUGGUGGACAGCGGCUUGAUGGAAGAGAAACUUGAAAGCUGCCGGAUGGGCCGCCAUUGCGACCCGCGAUUCUGGUGCGGGUUUUGCGUCAGCAUCGUCGAGAUCGACGUGCGCAAACGAGGGAGCAACUCGUGGACCACGAGGUGCGAUCACAUCGACAGCCACCUCUUUGGCAAGGACGACCUGCCGAGGAAGAACAUCGGCGAGUGGAGGCAUCAGAACGACGAAGGAGACGAUUCAGAAAGCCCAUGCUGCGACGAUGGGAGCGAACCGACUGCGAGUCCCGCCCUCGGCGAGAUGGAGAGCAACGAAAGGAAGCGAAGAAAGGGCUCACCGGGCGACGAAAGACGGCUUAAGAAGGCGAGCAACACCCAAGACUACGUGUGGACCUGCAAAGUGCAUGUGCCCGACGAUGAUGAACUUCAAGACCUCCUUGUCGUGCAUCGAAUGCGGCCACAUGAGGUGCUCGCUCCAUUGCACGAUAGAGCAGUGUCCGACGAUGGCGACAUGAACGUGGUGGCUGCUAAAGGGGUCGAGGUCCGGCGGGAAGACAACGUUGGCCGUGUCCGACGAUGGUAA